AUGGACUCACAUCUGAAACUACUAAUCUCAGAUUUCGAGGUGAUUCUGCUGUUAUGCAGCAACAUCGACCCCCGGUGGCAGAGAGCUGAACUGCAGGCCAGAGACGAUCAAUCACUGCAGGGUGGAGACACUGGACUCACCAAUGUACCAUACCUUUACGCUGGAGCUGAAGGAGGAAGUGGUUCAUUACAAUGCUACUUGACUUCGUCUGGAAACACCAAGUUCUUCUGUAAAGGAGAAUGUGAAGGAGAAAACAUUCUCAUUAAAAAUGAUGAUGUCACAGCUCGAAGCGGCAGAUACAGCAUCAGAUCUGAAGACAAACCCUCUGGAACAAGAAUUUUGACUGUGUACAUCACACAGCUGAUCAAGUCGGACUCUGGACGGUACAGAUUUGGUUUGGGUGGAUCUUUGGUUCCAGAUUAUUACUGUGACUUUGACCUCAUAGUUACAGAUGAAACUGAGGGAGGAAGUGUCACAUAUGGAUGCAAUGGUACUGUCAAUGGAAGCAGGAAGUUCUUCUGUAAGGAUGAAUGUAAAAAAGAAGAAGACAUCCUGAUUGAAACAGAAGGGAACAGAGCUCAGAGUGGCAGAUACAGCAUUGAAUAUAGAGAAGGAUCUGAACAUGGACUGUAUGUGAAUAUCACACAGCUGCAGAAGUCGGACACAGGACGGUACAAGUGUGGUUACGGCAGACCUUCGUCUCCAGAUUCAUUCUACCCAUUCCCGAUCUUUGUUGUAGAUGAGCACCAUGUCCUCCGAUUUGGAGGUGCUGACUCUCAUCCCGACCACUUCAAGUGUAGAGUCCAACAGAACAACAUCAUCCAUAAAAAAGUGAUUCUGAGGUCCAAACUGGACUCUCUCCUCCCCCCACUGCGCCUUGAGAGCCUGUCCAUAAAAAUCACGAACAGGAUCAAGGACAAGUGGCAGCCCUGGUGGAGCCCGACACCCACUGAGAACAGUUCUGACUUUGUGCCGAGGAUGCGGACACAGCUCUCACAGCGGUACAGGGACAUGGUCGUUCAGUCUCAUCCAAUCUACAUGUGCUUUCAGAACUUUGGACUCGCCAGGCCACACCCAUUCCAGGGCACCUCCCAGCAAGUCCAAGAAGGCCGGUUAUAUGUCCACUAUGAGAACCGUCCUCCUGUCCACCAUGAGAACCGUCCUCCUGUCUCAAUGAGUGAAGACCCCGACUACCAGAGUCUGGAUGCAGCCGGCAUGGAUCCAGACCACACCUACUCUACACUUAGAGAGACAUUUAAAAUCAGCACCAUGGCUCCACCUGUCGGCAUGUGGCUGUUUGUGUACCUGUCGCUGCUGUUUUCAGAUGCUAAAAGCGUCGGGCAGAGCAACAGUGCCGAUAAACCGUCCUCUCAUGUUAAACUUGAGCCCCUUUGGACAAGCAAGCCCAAGACUUGGGAUGCCUCCGAUCAGAGCCUGCCCCUCCCUGAGAUGCUGGAUCUAGACCUGAAUCAGAACCGCCGUGUGGCCCGUGGGGCCGAUGAGGACGAGCAACAGUCCACCUUCAGCCAGUCCUUUGAGAACGACUCAGUGACGACGCCACAAGCCACCGAGUUCGACAACUCAACGACAGUAACAGCAGGUGUUGGCGGUCAUGGUGAGAGUGAUGACAUCAGUCACCAUGGAAACACCUCCAGCAACGACCACGAAACCCCGGGACUCUUCAACCCAUUCUACCCGCUGGCGGAGAGCUCGUACUCGGCCUACGCCAUCCUGUUUCUGGCGGGUCUGGUGCUGGCGGUGGGCGUGGUGGGAAACAUGGCGGUCAUGUGUAUCGUCUGGAACAACUACUACAUGAGGUCCGCCUGGAACUACCUGCUGGCCAGCAUGGCAUUCUGGGAUUUCCUGGUUCUAGUGCUCUGCCUGCCGGUGGUGGUCCUCAACCAGCUCUCCCAUAGGAGGAUCCUGGGUGACAUCACCUGCCGCAUGGUGCCUUAUAUGGAGGUCGUCUCUCUGGGCAUCACCUCCUUCACUCUGUGUGCUCUGGGCAUCGAUCGUUUCCACGCCGCCACCAGCUCGUCCCAGCCGAAGGCGCGGCGGGUGGAGCGCUGCCGCACGGUGCUGCUGAAGCUGCUGCUGGUGUGGCUGGCCGCUCUGCUGCUGUCCAGCCCCGAGAUCUUCCUUUGGCAGCUCAGCCGGGCCAUGUCCCCCUCCAACGGCCGGCUGAUCGACUCCUGCACCAUCACCCCCAACUCUCCACUGUCCCUCUACCUGCCUGACUCCCUCCACUCUCUGCUGCUCAGGUAUCACCAGGGUCGUAUGUGGUGGUGUUUCGGCUGCUACUUCUGCCUCCCCAUCCUCUUCACCGUCCUCUGCCAACUGGCCACUCGCAACGUCAACAGCGACUCCACCUCCACCCAAAAGCAGCGUAACCUCGACGACCGCUCCUCCAAUCAGAAGCGGCAGCAGCACCAGGCGGUGGAGCGGCAGCUGAACUGCACACUGUUGGCGUUAGCUGUGAUGUACGGCAUCUGCGCCCUGCCCGAACACGUCUGCAACAUCACGCUGGCCUACACCGACAUCACCAUCUCAGAGGACACGGCGGCCAUGCUGGCACUGUUGCAUCACUUCCUGUUGUUUUUCAAGGCAUCGGUUACACCGGUGCUGCUGCUGUGUCUGUGUAAGGCUCUCGGUCAGGCCUUCAUGGACUGCUGCUGCUGCUGCUGUCAGGAGUGUCAGCCAACUACGACUCAAGGCUCGCCAGGCUCCGCCCAGGUCAAACUGAAGGCAGCCAAUGAGACAUCCAUCUUCUUCGACAAGGCUAAAGACACGUCAGCCAUCUUGUCCAUCUCCAGCUAGAGCCAUGCUUCCCUCUUUUAUCCAUCAUUUCAUCCACAUAUCAGUGCUUUCCCAACAAUUCUUCUAUUCUUAGUUUUUUCUUAAUUUCCC